AUGUUUUCAAAGACACUUAAGUAUCUUAUUCUUGCGUUUCUUAUAUCGACUCAUAAGACUUUACCAUUUGCUUAUGUUAUUCGUUUUUAUUAUCAAGCUUAUCGUGGAUUUUUUGGCUAUAGAUCACAUUAUCUUAAAACCAAAAAGAAUUCAUUUGGAUAUGAUUCUCCAAAAGAUUUAUUCACUUGGGUUACUUUAGAUUCUUAUGUUACUCCAUUAGAAAUUGACAUGUAUUUACAUAAACUGAAUUCCACUUAUUUCUUAGAUUUGGAUAUUGCAAGAACUAAAUUAUUAACUAGAUUAUUCCAAACUUAUUGGUGGUGGAGUUAUGAUAAUGGACAUGAAAAUUCAAAGAAAAAACAUUCUUUAUCAAAUAUUCCUUACGUUCCAGUUGCUAUUGUUCAAUGUCAAUUUAAACGUGAAUUGAAACCAUUCCAAAAGUUUAAAAUUAGUUCUAGAAUCUUGGCUUGGGAUAGAAAAUGGUUAUUUGUCAUGUCUAAAUUUGUCACUGAUGAUAACAAAGUUUGUGCAAUUGCAAUUACAAAGUAUGUUUUCAAGGUUGGAAGAUUGACCAUUGCUCCUGAAGAAUACCUUAAAUUCUGUAACUUUUUGGACGAAGAAAACCAAGCAAUCAACGAUAAAAAUUACAAGUUAGUUACAUCCUUAGUUGAUGUUGAAGAUAUCGAAAAGAUUGCCGAAGCUGCUACAUAG